AUGGCGGAAGCCACAACAGAGGAGAGUAGUGUCCCACCACCACCGAGACGACCGACAAUAAUUCGUGCAGGGGCCACACCAACUGUUAAGACAUUAGAGAAUGGUGAUGAUAAUGCUCCUCCCCCAGUAGUACCAUUACCACCCAGGCCAACAUCAUUGCCACCACCACCAAUAGUACCAUCAACGAGGCCAACAGUAACAUCUGUAUCACCACUACGCACUCCCCCUGCAAGGCCACCACCAGUUGUUCCUCCUGCAAAGCCAACAACGCCUUCACAGACAUCUCCUACUAGACCUGUGUCUGCUGCUCAAAUGUCACCAACAAAAUCGAGGGGCGGACGUCCCGAGAUUACUAUCAUAUCAGCAAGACCCAUGAGUGAGUGUCCGCAAGUAUCAGGUUCAUCUCUAUCUCAUAACGAUGCUAACCAGAAAAAGCAACCUCAAAAAUCUGUGACAUCAUCAUCAUCUACUCCAAACGUGCCUCCCCCAUUACCAGCCAACAGAACUAGUUCAGGUCCACCUCCACCUUUGCCAUCAAGCAGACCAUCACAUUCAUACGUUCAUCCUAUUGUGUCUGUUCCAGCCCUUGUAAAAAAGGAUGCAACCCCUAAAAUGAACGAUGCAGCUCAGAAUGAUCAACCACCAGUGCCAGUUGCUAAACCAUUAUCUCAGAGCUCUAAGGCAGAACCAAUAGAUGAGAGGGGUGAUACAGAUCCACAGUCCCCUCUUCCAGCUGGUGCUGUGUCAAGUGUUGGACCACCGUUGCCUGUGAGGCCAAAAACUGGAGAGGAUUCAAUAUCUCCUCCACCUCCAGUGCCACCACUUCCGACUGCAAUACCUAAAUCUGCCUCUAACGUAAGAUCAUCAAGAGUCUUUGAGAGUGCUCCAGAAAUUGAUAAAUCUACAGCACCCGCACUCCCACCACAUCCGAAGAUAGCAACAAAACCACCUCCACUGAGUGCUAAGCCAAACUAUUCAGCUCCUUCUUCAGUCAGCCCAGAUAUACCUCCUCCAGUGACUAAUUAUACACAAUCUAAGGUGUUGAAACCAAGCCCAUCACCAUCACCUGAGAUAUUCUCAUUUUCACAGUCUUUCAACAGUCAAAGAUUUGUUUCAUCCACCCCGCCUCCGGGCACCACAAGACAGAGUAUCACACCUUCACCAGUCGCUACAAGGCCUAACUCAACACCACCUGUUAUCUCCUGUAAACCCGUAGUUGCUACAAAACCUUCUUCACCAUCUCCUAAAACAAUCGAGAAUGAAAGUAGUUUCUCACAGUUUCCUAGUCAGACAGCAUCGCUGCCCCAGGAACAGAUAUCUGCCCAGUCUGCUGGAGGUAUGUUUGGCGUAAUGUUACGUCCAACCAUUGGACCUAGUGUGGAAGAGCCUUCUCAGAAGAAAUCUCAGUCUCCACCAUCAGUACAAGAAUCUCAAUUUGAUCAAGAUCCAUUUUCAGUCCCCUUUUCGUCAUCUCAGAAACAACAACAGAUCCAAGAUCCUUUUAAAAAUUGGCAGUCGUCUGGAACAACUGCUCCUGUCGCUUUUGAUAAAAGUACAGUAUUUACGCCAGCUCCGUCGUUAACACCGAAACCGACUGUAUCUGCAGUUCCAGUUUUUCCAUCUUCGUCACAGCCACCGCCACCAGUACCAACAUCAAGACCGAGGCCAAAGCCUUCUCAAAAACCAGACAGCUUUAAAAGCGAUGCUUCUAGUGAGCUGACCGGAAUGGGGAUGAAUGCGCCACCACCGGUUCCAAUCUCUCGCCCCAGGAGAAAAGAACCAAAUCCUGCAGCGUGGCAGCCAUCGCCAGCAUAUAGUGCCAGUACACCAAACGUUAGCGCUGGUAGUGGGGUAGAACCUCAAAAGGACAUGAAUAAGUUUAUCAAAGAUAUUGAAAGCUUAUAUUCAAAAGCUCCAUCACCUGUUACUGUGAAUGAACAACCAGAAAAUCUGGAAGAUAAAGAAAGUGCAAUACCGAUAAUAACACAUACUGGACCAACACCAGCACCAACAACAAGAAGUGCAUCAUCACGGCCAACAAUUAUUCGGCCAUCUGCAGGCAAGAGUCGACCACCACCAAGACCUAUUGCUAGCCCUACAUCUGGUCUUUCAUCUAAGUCUGCGCCGCCUCCUAGACCUUCUGGUGGGCCGACCAUUCACUCUAGCUCUAGUUCUUCAUCUUUGUCAUUGCUGGAUUCACCUAUCCCAGAAACUGAAGGAGGCAGUAGUACUAAUUUUAAAAGCAGUAGUUCAUCGUCCAUUACACGGUCACAGUCAAUGAGAACGGCUCCAGCAAGGCCCGAUCAACCUAAGAAAAAAGCACCAGCGCCACCUCGACCACCACCAGCCAAAAUGGGAGAUAAGCCUUCUAAAGGAGCACCAGCAAGGUCUCAGAACAAGACUUCUACAGGUGCUAAACCUAAAUCUGGACCACCACUUUUACCAGCAAGACCUGGUCCUGGUCAUCCACUGUUCAAGUAUGUGGUUACUGAGCCCCAUGCUAUUGCUGUGUUUUCUUAUAGUAAACAAAACUAUGAUGAACUUUCCUUUGAUCAAGACGAAGUGAUUAUACUUGUGAAAAAAGUUGAUGAUGAUUGGUUGAUUGGACGUAACGUUGAUGAGGAAGGAAUGUUUCCUAAGAAAUUUGUAAGAAUAAUUAAGCCUUUACCGUCAGAGAGUGCACCUAGAUUAUCUGGGCCAUCAGCUGUAGCUGUGUACGACUAUGACUCAGUGAACCCAGAUGACUUGAAUUUCAAUAAUGGCGAUGUCAUUAAACUGUUACAAAGGAUAGGGGAUGACUGGUAUAAAGGCGAGUGCAAUGGAGAAAUAGGAAUGUUUCCAAAGAACUUUGUAGAAGUAGUAGAAGAUUUGCCUGAAUAUGUUGAAGAAACGCAAGUUGAUUGGGGAAGCGGCCCACGGUGUAGAGCAAGGUUUGAUUACGAAGGUGAAGAAGAAAACGAUUUGGAAUUUGAUGAAGGAGAAAUUAUAAAGUUGAUCUCGUAUGUAGAUGAGGAAUGGUUGAAGGGAGAAGUGAAUGGAAAAAUUGGUAUAUUCCCCAUAGAAUUUGUAGAAAUCAUAGAAGACCUGCCACCAUCUAAGGCUGGUGUACUGAGCCAGGCAACUGGUAUCACAGUGACACCGCCAACGCCAACAAAUCAAGAUAAUUAUGUCUCUGCUUUGUAUGAUUUUGAGGGCAGUGAUAACACAGAAUUGAGUUUUAAGGCUGGUGAUAGAAUCCAAGUUGUUAGUCAAGUAAAUGCUGACUGGUUGAUUGGUAAAAUCUUCGGUAGCAGUGGUCGAUUUCCGUCAGCAUUUGUUGAUCAGAUACCUCCCAAUCUUCCCGUUGAAGAUAAAUCUUCAUCUGGUGCCAGUGAUGCCCAUUGCAUUGCAAAAUAUGAUUACGAUGUGACGGCACCGACAGAUUUAAGUUUUAAAGAAGGAGACAAGAUUGUGAUCCUUGAGAAUGUCAAUGAUGAGUGGCUCCGAGGCAAAUGUAAAGGAGAGGAAGGAAUGUUUCCAAAAGUGUUUGUAGAUGUAAUUACAGAGUUACCUCCAGAAUCAAAGGCAGGAGGCAAAAAGAAAUUAGGUGGAGCAUAUGAUGAGCUGAUACCCAAAGCUAAGGCGUUGUAUGAUUUCAGCGGACAGUCUGAUAGUGAGCUAACGUUUAAGGCUGGUGAUAUUAUUUAUCUUCUGAAUAAUGUUACUGAAGAAUGGUGCAAUGGAGAGAUAGACGGCAACGUUGGGCAAUUCCCGUUGUCCUUUGUUGAGAUUCUUAUCCCUUUGCCUUGAGAUUGAACACUUAGAAGUGAUAUCAAGUGCAAUACAAGUGGUAUAAUGCAGUGUAUUCAGAAUAUAAGAUGAUUAUUUGAGAGUAUAAUACAAAUAUGCACUUUAGUGUAUAAUGGAUCUUUAAAGAAAUAAUGCUAAUUUACAUGUUUAUUAAUUGGCUAUUACUCAUAUACAUUUUUUUCGGGCGACAAUUGUUCAUGAAUUAACAGUUAACUAAUAGGGUGUCCAAUUAAAAAACAUGCUUUAUUUUCUGGAGUAACAAAUUAUCAAUUUUGUAACGGUGAAAAUGACAUUGUUAUUUUUGAAGCACGUACACACCACGUUGUGUUCAAUGUUGUUUCCAUGACAAUUAUACAAUUAUGUGUAAAAUACAUUGUUUACAUGGAAUCUCAACGUAAGAGAGUUGAAGUAUCUUUUUGAAAAUUUCAUUCAUUCAAACAACUUAUCAAAUCUGUUAAAUUGUUAGUAGUGAUGGUUCACUGUACUUUACAUAAGUUCUCUUGCACGCACUGAAUUAUUAAUAUGCAAAUAAUAUUCAUAUUGUUUAGACCAGGUCAGUAUAAUCACUUGGUAUCAUCAUGGAUGUAAAGACAGAUCUGUCUUUUACCUCCAUGGUAUCAUUAAUUUCAUUCGAUGGUGGACACUUUGUCACACAUUUCAA